UUAAUUCAUACGAUAAAAUACAAACUUCAAAAACUGGAUUUUGUGUUUGACUCAAUAUCUAUAACUGAGAACAGGAUUUUACUGUCAAAGUUUCUGUGAUCAAAACUGCAAUUUUUCAUCGGAUAAAUCCUAAGUAUUUGAGGAAUUUAUUGUGCAAAUGUCAGGGUGAGAUUGCUCAGUGUUGAUAACUUUUUUGGUUCCACAGAUUUUUCCAGCAAAUUCUUUAAUACAAAGAAAAUAUCUUUGCACAUUUCCAGCUGUGAUGGCAGAUAUUUUGACAGUGUUUACCAGGUCCGAUGAUCCUUUUUUACAUCACUGCUGAAGAUCGCGAGUUUUAUGAAGAAGAUUCAUUCCAAAAUUCAUUUGGUAAACUCCACGAUAGCGUAGUUGAAACACAGAAUUCGUUGGCGGUUUAGCGUCUACCGUCAUGCUGUAUGGCGCUAUUGUUUUGUUCAAAUUUAACUCCAUUCCUGCUGCGUCAUAAACAUCACUAAACACAACUCGAAAGAUGUUUGUCGUGAAAUACCGUGAUGUUGAACGCAGUUAAAGAUUAUUUAACACCCAAGACAUUCAGUAUCCCAGCAUACGUAUGUUUGAUUGCUCAACUUCUCUGUGGCCUGGUAUUUACAAGCAUUGUUGUUGCUUUAAGAGUCGGAGAGUUUGCGAAAUUUAACUGCGCUGUCGGCCCUGAAAGUGCGGCCUCGAACAAGACGACUGUCGAGAAAACAUGUUAUUCAAGAUAUGAAGAGAAGUAUAACUCUCCACUGCCAUUUUAUGCCUUUGUCAUCCUGAGUAUUUGGUUUCCUAUUUUUGUCGCUGCUAUUUAUUCUCUCUCAGUUCGUAAUCGCGUUAAAAAAAUCAGUGGCUCAAAUGAUGAACCACAAAAUGACGCCGAAGCAGGAAACGAAGUACACAAUAGAAGAUCAUUUUAUGUCUAUUCCUAUUUCUUCCAUCUUAUCAUCCGUUUGUUAUUCGGGCUAGUGUUUACCAUCCUGCAGUAUGCUGUGUUUUUCCGCAGCGGUUUCGAUUUUGAAUUCAGUUGUGAUGAACCAGCAUCAGAUGUGACGUCGAAGAUAGCAAAGAAUGCAAGUGUCAGUCAGUUGAAUAGUACAACGUCAACAAUAACAUGCGAGAAUUCUACUGCAUCGGAGAAGCAGUUAUGGGGAGGGAUUGUGUGUGCGUUGAACACGAUUUUUGCCGCGAUAAUAUUUGUGGAAGUGAUUUAUCUUUGCCGACGAUUUUGCUCUGGAGUUGACUUUGUUCAUGACACUAAGUUUAUCACUGAUUAUUUUUCUCAUAACCAAUACGCAUGGGUCGACCUUGACCUUAUACCUCACCGUGACCCUGACCCUGGCCCUAACCGUGAAACCAGCCGUGGCCACAACCCAGACUCUUAUCCUGAUCCUCAUACUAACCGUGAUGACCGUAACUUUGAAUGCUUAGAUUAUUACAAAAGACGUGUUUUAGAACAGUCUCCCACACCUGACGUAAUUUAUGGACCGAAAACUGGUUUGGAUGAUUUGUUUAUUGACGUUGUUAUUCACACUGAACGAGCUCGUCACAACUUUCCAAACAACAUGGAUAGAUAUGAAAUAUUUGAUGUCUACAUGAAAGUUCCCGAUGAUUCUAUACGUCUGGAAAAGGUAAAAGAUUUAUUUUAUCCCAAUGAGGAUACUAAAGGGAAACGUCCUCGUACAAUUCUAGCGGUUGGCCGUCCUGGAAUAGGAAAGACUGUCUUGACGGGAGAAAUUAUGCGCGAUUGGGCGAAUGAAGUUGACGAGUUUUAUUCUUGUAAGAUUGCCUUCUAUUUUAAAUUUAGAUGGUUUAAUCUUACCGAAUGGAAAAGCAAUGAUCUUAAAACGUUCCUUUGUUGUGGAACGAGACUAAGAGAUGUAGAGUUUGAAAGUAUUUUUCUGGAAAUAACUAAAGAACCAGAAAAAACUCUUCUUAUUUUUGAUGGUUUGGAUGAUUUUGAUGGCGACAUCAAAGACUGCUUAGACCCCCUACCGCGUCAAAACAACCCUGAUAUUCGUAUGCCUGCCAUUUCGUUGUUUAUUCAGUUGAUUUCUGGCCAAUUUUUGCCUGGGGCAACGAUUCUGGUUACAACUAGACCAACCGCAUCUGAUUUUUACUCCAGAUUUGAAUUCGAUAGGAAUGUGGAGAUUAUUGGUUUCACCUCGGAGAAAAUUGAACAUUACGUGAGCAAAUUUUGUGAAAAUCAUAAGAGAAGUGACCUGAAACCAGAGAUGUGGAAGCACAUAAAUUCCUCGUCGGACUUGUUAAAUUUAUGUUACAUCCCAGUGAAUUCGUUCAUAGUUUCCACCGUACUGUUUGGAUAUCUCACUGAUCCUAGGAACGAGACCGCUGUUCUUCCAACAACACUGACUGAAGUAUAUCAGGCCGCCAUAAAGCAUUUUGAUAAGCAUCACUACAGAAAGACAGACGGACCGUCUUCUGAAGCAAUCAAGAAUCUUCAACUGAAGGCAUACGAAGGUAUUAAAAAUGGACAACUGGUUUUCAAUGAAGAAUCAAUUGAUGAAGAAAUGAGAAGGUCUGGUUUAUUAAACAAGUUGUCCAACCCUAUUUACGCCGCAAUUCAAGAACAGUUUUGCUUCAUUCAUUUGACUCUACAAGAAUUUCUUGCUGCAAAACACGUGAUUGAAACGCAAUCUCCAGAAGAAAUAAAGAAUUUUAUCUCUUCCAAGGUUAAGGAUGGUAAAUGGCAUUUAGUGCUUCAAUUUAUUGCUGGAAUAUUGGGCCAGAAAAUAAAGACGUUUGGAGAAGAGUACCAGCCCUACAAAGAUUGUGUCUUGGCGUUUGCAGAAAGCUUCAGAGUAAAUGAUGGUGAACAUGCUUUUGGUACUGAUUAUGUUUCAUUGUUUGUGAUGAAAUGUUUUAGGGAAGCGGGUGAUGAAGAUAUUGUUAAAGAGGCUUGCGAAAGAACUGCUAUAAAUGUUGGACGUCUAUCCUACGACCCUCGGCAUGAUGACAAUCAUUUCCUUUCCUCAAGUGAGUGGGCCGCUGUCAUUUUCGUUUGUAAAUGCAUCAAGGAAUUGAAAGUUAUAGAGAUAGUGGCGCCCGAUUGGAGUGAGGAAUGUUACAGGGAAUUUUGUGUAUUGCUACAACAAAGAUGUAUAAAAGAAUUGGUGUUGGUGCGACCUAGUAUGCUUAUGGGAGAUAGAAUUUUCUCUUACUUUAUUUCCCUUUUUCCAGGAGGACUUCUCUUCAAGGCUCUUAAAAACUUGAAGUGUACAUUGGACCACGAGCACAGCAAGCUUACUAAAUUAAAUGUUCGCGGACUUUUAACAUGGCGUGAAAAUUUGCCGAUGAUAGUGGAAUUUUUUGAACACGGACAUGCAAGUUGCCUUAAAACAUUAGGCCUAGGAAAAUGUCGCUUAACUUUAUUAGAAAUAGGCGUAAUAUGCAAAGUCCUCGACAACAAACUUUGUCCUGAACUUACAUAUCUUGAUCUUUUUGGCAAUAUGUUUCGUGAUGAAGGUGUAAGAGUGUUGUGUAAUGCUCUUAUUAAAUGUCGUCAACUGAAGCUUACUGGACUGAAUCUUAAUUCGUGUUUACUGACUAAUGAAUGCAUACCUUCGCUAUGUGAACUAUUGAAAGAUGAACAUUGCAAACUGACGCACUUGGAUAUAGGAAUGAAUAAUCGUAUAAGUGAUGAAGGUGUUCGUAUGUUGUGCGAAGAUGUUUUAACAAAUGAACAUUGCAAGUUGGCUGAGUUGAACCUUAAUUUCUGUUCAUUAACAGAUCAAUGUAUACCCUGGUUACGCGAGGCACUGCUAGAUAAACGCUGUGUACUUAAUGAUUUGUCUAUAGCUGGAAAUAAGUUUACCGCGGAAGGAUUGGCGUCUCUUGGUGAACUAGAAACAUAUGAAGUUUGUAAAGCAAGAGGUUUAAGAGUCCGAAAAUAACGUUUAUGCCGUGUUAUGAUAUAUUUAACAUAAUUGCAUGUUCUUAAAAUGAUUUACCUAAGGCCCGUUUACACUUGCAA